AUGUCCAUCGCUAACUCUCAUUCUUCUUCCAAUUCUUCUGAUUUCGAACCACAAAAUGAUACUGCCUCUUUUCCUGAAAAAGAUCCCGCCCUCAACCCUCGUAACCCUUAUUAUCUUCAUCCUGGUGAGAAUCCCGGCGCCGUUCUUGUCGCACCACCCUUAAACGACAAUAACUAUCACAAUUGGAGCAAGGCCGUGAAACGUGCUUUAUCAUCUAAAAACAAGAUUCAAUUCAUCAAUGGAUCUCUUCCUCAACCGGCGUCAACUCAUCCUGAUUUUGAGCUAUGGGAUCAUGCCAACAAUAUGGGAGAUCGCAAUCUUUCGACAUUCUUCACGAAUCUGAAAAUCUUAUCGGAUGAGCUCGAAGAUCUUCGCCCUACCCCUUCUUGUAUUUGUUUGCCUUCCUGCAAAUGUAACCUUAGCACAGCCGUCAACACCUUCAAACAACAAGAAUAUGUUACGUGUUUCCUCAAAGGUCUGAACGACAAUUACGCGAAUGUGCGCACACAAAUUCUUCUCAUGGACCCUCUCCCUUCCAUUAGCAAGGUAUAUUCUAUGGUGGUUCAACAAGAACCGAAUACCAAUCCUACUACGCCCGAUAAUACUGCAUUUCAUAUCAAUUCUGGAAACCCUAGUUUUGGUGGCCAAGGCCCACCCCAACCUGCUCGUGGUAGAGGACGAGAUGAUCCUUCCACUCAACUGUCCAAGGAAGAUUUUAAGCUUCUCAUUAACCUUCUUCAUUCUUCAAAGCAAGAUUCUAUGCAUGACAAUAAAAAAUCGGCCAAUGAUUCCACCAAUCGUGUGAUUUCCAGUGUCUCUAAUACAAGUUCUGAUUCUUUAAACUUCUCUUUUUGGAUAUUGGAUUCAGGUUCUUCUGAUCACCUCACUCCAAGGCUGGCCUGCACAUCUCACAACGCAAUAUACACUCUAGAUAUCUUACAUGAAGCUGUUCUUUUGGCUUCAAAACCAGCUUAUGUCCCAAUGCAGAAAAACAAGAAAUUUUCCAAAGACGAAGGCUCUUUCCUACCCGAUCUUACAUCAUAUAGACGCCUAAUUGGUCAGCUGAUAUAUCUCAGCAAUACACAUCCCGACAUUAGCUUCUCUGUUCAACAAUUGAGUCAGUACAUGACAGCACCAACUUCCGAACAUCAUCAGGCUGCAAUUCAGAUUCUUCGUUACCUUAAAUCAUCACCAGCUCAGGGACUGUUUUUCCCAACAUCUUCUUAUCUUCAACUUAAGUCCUUUUGUGAUUCGGAUUGGGCUAGUUGUCCCGACACACGCAAAUCUAUUACUGGUUUUUGCAUUUUUCUAGGUGAUUCUCUUAUAUCAUGGAAAUCUAAGAAACAAGCUACCGUCUCUCGUUCUUCUACUGAAGCCGAGUAUAGGGCCAUGGCUUCCACUGUUUGCGAACUUCAAUGGCUUACAUAUCUUCUCAAUGAUUUUAAGGUUUCUUACACAAAACUUGCACUUCUUUAUUGUGAUAACCAAUCAGCAAGACAUAUUGCCUCAAAUUCUUCCAACCAUGAACGCACCAAACACAUUGAGCUCGAUUGUCACAUCGUUAGUGAAAAGCUUCAACAACAUCUUUUUCGUUUACUUCCAAUCUCUUCGCAUCUCCAGCUACACCAUUUCAUACUUUUUUAUCCAAGCUUCUACUCAUAUGUUCAUCAUCUUGAGGGAGGGUAUUGA